GAGCUAGGAAGACGACUAUUCUGUUCUUCUCAGAAGCCAAUUCUGCUCUCUCUGGCUAAUUCAGAAAGCAACCUGCACUGAAUGUAUGUGAUAUUAUCCUUGUAUGCUAUAUACUACACAGCACAAGUGGGCAGAACAGGAAUGCAGAGCAUAUUGACCAGGUAUGAAAAGAACACCAGACUAACUGGAAGGCGUCCUUAUAAGAAUCUACCAACAUACAAAUAAAUAACAAAAAGGAACACAAGCAGACAAAAUGAAGGGAGACCAGGAUCGUGGAAGGAUAAGGAACAGGAGAGAAGAUUACCAAGAUAGGAGUUCUGACGGUGAUAAAAAUAGUGAAUCCUACUAUUCUGAUGAUUAUGAAAACACAACAUAUCAAUCUGACCACUCACCAACACCAAGCUUUAUGUCUAGAUCUUCUCAGGCCAAAAAAUCAGGCCACAAUUUGAGAUCCAGUACUCUUCUGCGCAAUGAAGAGUCAAGCAAAGUUGGAUCUAAGUUUCCAUCACGUAAAGGAAAGUGGGGUUUCCGCUCUCAAAGCCUUAACAAGGAAUCUCGUCCAAAGGAUAUUGCUUUGGUUACCAAAAGAGUUUUGUCAGCUCGGCUAUUGAAAAUAAAUGAACUACGAAAUGAAAUAACAGACCUUCAGAUCAAACUAGAACACUUUCAAAAAGAAAACAAAAUACUAAAAAAAAUGCAGUUUAGGCAGGAGAAAGCAUUAAACAAGUUUGAAGAUACAGAGAGUGAGAUCUCCCAGCUAAUAUCCCGGCACAACAAUGAGAUCCGAGCACUCAAAGAGCAUUUACGGAAAUCCCAGGAGAGGGAAAGGAAUACAGAAAAGAGACUCAAAGAAGCAGAAGAUGAACUUUAUAGAGCAAACAGCACUUUAAAGAAGCUGAAACAGCUCUCUGAAAAUCGACACCUUGGUGAGCGUGAAGAAUUGGCAAAAAAACUGGACAUUGCAGAGAGCAAGCUAGAUGAACAAGAGAGAAGAGUUCAGGACCUGGAAAAGAAAACUGAGAUCUCACAGAACAGUUUUCAACGUCAGUUAAUGGUUGAAAAGAAGAAAAUUCAAAAUGCACAGGAGGAAAAUAAAUUGCUCCAAGAGGAACUCCAAAAGCUUACGUAUAAGUUAAAGGAAAAAGAGCGGGAACUUGAUAUAAAAAAUAUAUAUGCUUACCGUCUGUCAAAACCAUCACCAAAGAAAGAUGCAGAAAUAAGCCCUAGAAGUAUAGAGGCAAGGAAUGGCAUUAGCAUUGGUGUUCAAACAAUUGAACAAAUUAAAUUGGUGGAAUUAUCCCCUUUGUCGCAUCCAAAACCUGUCAUGCAAGCUGAAGAUGUAAAGGAAAAGCAGCAUGAAGAACUACAAAAGGAACAGAAAAAUCUUGAAAAGGAGCUCAGAGAAGAAGCAGAGAAACUUAAGAAAGAAAGAAAGCUGGAAGAAAGAAAAAAGGAACUAGAACAAAAGCAACAGAGACAAAAAGAACAAAGGAUAUUAGAAGAGAAAGCGCAAAAGCUUCGUGAAGAAUGGGAAAAGGAAGAAUUGGAAAGAAAGAGAAAAGAUAUCUUUUAUCAGGACACAACUGAAAAACAAAGUAUACAGGACACAGAAGAUGAAAGACUUAAAAAAGAACUGUUGCUUGCUAAAAUGAAUGAAAUUGAUAAGGAAAGGAAAAACACAAUGCACUUUGAUUCCUUUAAGGUUCCUACACAAUCAUUGCUUUUGGAUUCAUCACUAAAUCGUGAUACAAAAGAGAGAAAACACAAAAUCUACAAGUUCACAGAGCCAACUCAGAAUCUGUUUAAUGGAAUUCCCGUUCUAGGGGGGCGAGAGGCUUCUUUAGUUGCAGAUGAGCAAAAAGGUAGAAAUGAGAAGAGAUUUGAUGCUGUUAAUGAUGUUUCAUUUGGUACUUAUGCUCCAUCCUUUGCUCAAGCUAGAUCAGGUGGGCCAGGGCAAAAGACAGAAGUUUUAGAAGAACCAGUUAUUACAAACCAUUCCAAACUUAAGCAAACAGAUAAAAAAUCACACUUAAUGGAGCAACUGUUUGGAAGAGAUUCCAAUGCACCACUUGUUCCUAAAAACAGUGAAUCCAUGGCUAAAAAUGAGUCCAGUACCAUUCUACCAUGGGAAAAAGGAAGCAAUGUAAAAAUAAAAAAUGAUAUUUUUUCUGGAGAUGGCAAAAAUGUAAAGCCUACUAUUGAGUGCACAUGCAUUCAUAAUUAAGUAUCUCCCAUAUACAUUUCCAUAAAGGGCUAGUGAGAAAGCAUACAAGAUUGUUCUAAUAAACUGAAUAUAUUGUAAAUAAUGAUUUAAAAAAAUAUUAAAAGGGCAUGCUCUUCAAGCAUGCUUUGGUUAUUUGCUACAUUUCAUAACAAGGAAAUAAUGGAGACUUCCUGAAUAUUUAAAGAAAUGACAGAAAGUGGAUUUUUUUUGUAAAUGUUAACAUUGCAAAUUCUCUCAUGAAAUAGACAUGCAUUUAUAGACAUGCAUCUUAGGUG